CCGCCCCCCUUCCCCACCGCACACCCCCCAGCCCAGACUCCUGCCCUGGACCGCGCAUCCCGAGCCCAGCGCCCAGACGGAGCGUCCCUGCCUCCUCCACCAUGUUCAACUCGAUGACCCCACCGCCAGUCAGUAGCUAUGGUGAACCCUGCUGUCUCCGGCCCCUCCCCAGCCAGGGCCCCCCCAGCAUGGGGGCAGAAGGACUGUCUGGUCUGCCCUUCUGCCACCAAGCCAACCUCAUGUCUGGCCCCCACAGUUAUGGGCCAGCCAGAGAGACCAGCAGCUGCACCGAGGGCCCACUCUUCCCUCCUCCCCGGAGUGCAGUCAAGUUGACCAAGAAGCGGGCACUGUCUAUCUCACCUCUGUCGGACGCCAGCCUGGACCUGCAGACCGUUAUCCGCACCUCGCCCAGCUCCCUCGUGGCUUUCAUCAACUCUCGCUGCACAUCCCCUGGAGGCUCCUAUGGCCACCUCUCCAUUGGCACCAUGAGCCCCUCUCUGGGAUUCCCAUCUCAGAUGAAUCACCAAAAAGGGACCUCGCCUUCCUUUGGGGUCCAGCCCUGUGGGCCCCACGACUCCACCCGUAGUGGGAUGAUGCCACAUCCUCAGGCCCGGGGACCCCUCCCCACUUGCCAGCUGAAGUCAGAGCUGGACAUGCUGGUUGGCAAGUGCCCAGAGGAGCCCUUGGAAGGGGACAUGUCCAGCCCCAACUCUACCGGCACGCAGGAUCCCCUGCUGGGGAUGCUGGACGGGCGGGAGGACCCGGACAGGGAGGAGAAGCCGGAGCCGGAAUCUGUGUAUGAGACUGACUGCCGCUGGGAUGGCUGCAGCCAGGAAUUUGACUCCCAGGAGCAGCUGGUGCACCAUAUCAACAGCGAGCACAUCCACGGGGAGCGGAAGGAAUUCGUGUGCCACUGGGGGGGCUGCUCCCGGGAGCUGAGGCCCUUCAAGGCCCAGUACAUGCUGGUGGUGCACAUGCGCAGACACACGGGCGAGAAGCCACACAAGUGCACGUUUGAAGGGUGCCGGAAGUCAUACUCGCGCCUCGAAAACCUGAAGACACACCUGCGGUCACACACGGGUGAGAAGCCAUACAUGUGUGAGCACGAGGGCUGCAGCAAAGCCUUCAGCAACGCCAGUGACCGUGCCAAGCAUCAGAACCGGACCCACUCCAAUGAGAAGCCGUACGUGUGUAAGCUCCCUGGCUGCACCAAACGCUACACAGAUCCCAGCUCACUCCGAAAACACGUCAAGACAGUGCACGGUCCUGAUGCGCACGUGACCAAGCGGCACCGAGGGGAUGGCCCCUUACCCCGGGCACCAUCCCUUUCCACGGUGGAGCCCAAGAGGGAGCGGGACGGAGGCCCCGUCAGGGAGGACAGCCGGCUGACGGUGCCAGAGGGCGGCAUGAAGCCACAGCCCAGCCCUGGGGCCCAGUCUUCCUGCAGCAGUGACCACUCCCCAGCAGGCAGUGCAGCCAAUACAGACAGUGGCGUGGAAAUGACCGGCAACGCGGGAGGCAGCACCGAGGACCUGUCCAGCUUGGAUGAGGGGCCUUGUCCUGCUGGCACAGGUCUGUCCACGCUUCGCCGCCUUGAGAACCUCAGGCUGGAUCAGCUGCAUCAGCUCCGUCCAGUAGGGCCCCGGGGUCUCAAGCUGCCCAGCUUGGCCCACACUGGCACCCCGGUUUCCCGCUGCCUGGGUCCCCCGGUCUCUCUUGACCGCCGCAGCAGCAGCUCCAGCAGCAUCAGCUCUGCCUACACUGUCAGCCGGCGCUCUUCCCUGGCCUCCCCCUUCCCCCCUGGCUCCCCCCCAGAGAAUGGGGCAUCCUCCCUGCCAGGCCUCACGCCUGCCCAGCACUACCUGCUCCGGGCGAGAUACGCCUCUGGCAAGGGGGGCAGCACCCCACCCACCGCAGCACCCAGCCUGGAUCGCAUGGGGGCUCUGCCUGCGCCUCCUUGGAGAAGCCGAGCCGAGUACCCAGGAUACAACCCCAAUGCAGGGGUCACCCGAAGGGCCAGUGACCCAGCCCGGGCUGCUGACCGCCCUGCCCCAGCAAGGGUCCAGCGGUUCAAGAGCCUGGGCUGUGUGCAUACCCCGCCUGCUGUGGCAGGGGGAGGAAGGAACUUUGAUCCCCACCUCCCAGCCUCCAUCUAUUCUCCACAGCCCCCCAGCAUCACUGAGAAUGUCGCUAUGGAAACUAGAGGCCUGCGGGAGGAGCCAGAGGUUGGGGCCUCCGUGAUGGGCAGUGGUCUGAACCCUUACAUGGACUUCCCGCCCACGGACUCCCUGGCCUAUGGGGGACCUGAAGGGGCAGCAGCUGAGCCUUAUGGAGCUAGAGGCCCAGGCUCCCUGCCUCUUGGGCCCGGUCCACCCCCCAACUACGGUCCCAACCCCUGCCCCCAGCAGGUCUAUUCUGAUCCCGCCCCGGAAACAUGGGGUGAAUUUCCUUCCCACCCGGGGCUCUACCCAGGCCCCAAGGCUCCAGGUGGAGCCUACAGCCAAUGUCCUCGACUUGAACAUUAUGGACAAGUACAGGUCAAGCCAGAACAGGGGUGUCCAGCGGGGUCUGACUCCACAGGAUUGGCACCCUGCCUCAAUGCCCACCCCAAUGAGGGGCCCCCACGCCCACAGCCCCUGUUCUCCCACUACCCCCAGCCCCCUCCUCCUCAGUACCCUCAGCCAGGCCCCUAUUCCCAGCUCCCCUCUGACUAUCUUCCUUCCGAGCCCAGGCCUGGCCUGGAUUUUGAUUCCCCGACUCAUUCCACAGGACAGCUGAAGGCUCAGCUUAUGUGUGAUUACAUUCAGUCUCAACAGGAACUGCUGUGGGAGGGUGGGGCCAGGACGGGGGUACCAGUCCAGGAACCUCCCUACCAGGGCCCCAAGUUUAUGGGGGGUUCCCAAGUCAGCCCAAGCCCUGCCAAGGCCCCAGUGGCUGCAUACGGACCUGGCUUUGCACCCAGUUUGCCCAAUCACAAGGCGGGAUCUUAUCCCACCCCUCCACCAUGCCCUGAGAAUUUUGCUGUGGGGACAAACAGGGCUUCCCACAGGUCAGCAGCACCACCCCGACUUCUGCCACCGCUGCCCACUUGCUAUGGGCCCCUCAAGGCGGGGGGCACCAACCCCAGCUGUGGCCAUCCUGAAGUGGGCAGGCUGGGAGGGGGUCCUGCCUUGUACCCUCCCCCUGAAGGGCAGGUGUGUAACCCUCUGGACUCUCUUGAUCUUGACAACACUCAGCUGGACUUUGUGGCUAUUCUGGAUGAGGCCCAGGGCCUGAGUCCUCCCCCUUCCCAAGACCAGGAGGGCAGCUCUGAGCCACCGCCCUCUGGGACGCCCAACAUGGCUGUGGGCAACAUGAGCGUCUUGCUGGGAUCCCUGCCCGGAGAGACGCAAUUCCUCAACUCUAGUGCCUAGAGUGGGGGUACGCGGCCAUCACAGACCCCCGUUUCCUACAGGGUUUCCAUCCCUCCAGAGAUGUCAGGGAGAGGAGCCAUGGCCCCUGCAUCCGAUGGCACAGGAAUGGGAGGGCCAGGCUGGAGACUGUACAUAGUCUGCAUAUGUUUUGGAGAGG